UAUUUGCUGCGUGGAAUACUUGGCAAACAGGAUGGCUACAGACCUUGCUUUCAGUGAGACCUGCAUGGAGAGCUGGUCGUGUGUAAGAGGAAAGCCACCACCCAAAGUAGCACAUUCCCCCAAGCUGGUUCAGGCCUUAGCGGAAGAUCAGAUGUUUGUUUCUGCCUCUCCCCCCUGCAGCCAUGGCCCUCCAGGGAGCAGGGAAUGAGCUGGACCCAGGUGCUUCGGGGCAGAUGGCACUGCUUCAGAGACCGGUCCAGAUGAACAAGGAAUGAACUGCAGCAGCAGUUUGCCUAGGAGUUCCUGCUUCUUUCAAACUGCAGAAUCAGUCUUUUGAUGUGAGACAGCCUUGGAUGGAGAUAUUCACAGUGAUUUUUCUCUUGAUGGCAGCUGGGAUAAGCCAGAGCCCCGGCCCGCAGCCUCGGUACUGGACACGCCCGGCCACGGCAUUGCCGGGAACGCGCGACGGCGGAGGGCGGGCGGUGCCGAGGGGCAGCGGCGGGCGGGGCGGGCGGCGGGAGCCCCGUGGCGGGGCUCGCCAUGGGCCAGCUAUUUUUGCCGCCGGCCCGGACUAAUCCCCUGAGCCGCUUCCCGGCAUUAGGUAACGGCGGGGCGGCAUGCGCUCCACAGUGUCCCCGGCCCGGGCGACCCCCGGUAGUCGCGGCGGGACUGGCGGCGACACGCCCGGUGCGGGCUGGGGACCGUGGGAACCCACCGCCGAGCCCCGGGUGGACCUGGGCUGAGGCCAGCAGGUAGCGGCGGGCGGCGAGGAGGGCCGGGAGCGGAUAUGCCGGGCCCGUCGCCCGGCGGGUCCCCGGAGAGGGAAACAGGGGCCGGCGAGAGGCCGCGGGGGCCCGGCCGGGACCGGCGGGUGCGGUUCCGUCUGCCUCACACCGCCAUCGCGGUGCCGUCGGUGCGCGAGGAGGAGCAGCUCUUCUACCGGCGGCUGGAGGCGCUGGCAGUGCCGGGGCCCGGCGGCUUCGGGCCGCUCUUUGCUUCCGACGGUUGGAGCGACUUGACGGGUGAGCGCCGGCGGGCGGCCCAGGCUAGGACGGCCGGUACAGGGGAGAGCUGGGCAAGAAGCGCCAAUUUCGGGGCUCCCGUCUUGGCUCUAAACGCCUCCUCCUCCGCAGAGGACCGGCUGCUGCGGAAGCGCGUGAUGCGGGCCGGGCCGGGCGGGCCGCGGCCGAUGCCGGGCCAGGAGGUGUCGGUGAAGGUGCUGGGCGCCCUGGAGGACGGCGGGCUGGUAGAGCGGGACCCGCGGCUCAUCUUCGUGCCGGGUCACGGGGACGUCGUGCAGGUGAGCCCGAACCGGUGCGCGGUUCAGUGCCGUGCGGACUCAGCGCCGCCCGGGGCUCCGACCCGCCAGCCCCGCCGUGCCCGUCCACAGGCUCUGGAGCUGGGCGUCCCCACCAUGCAGCCCGGGGAGGUUUCCUUCUUCCUCGCCGCUUUCCCCUACGCCUAUGGCCGCCCGGGCAGCAGGGAGCCCGACGUGCCGCCCGAGGCGCCGCUGUUGUUCGAGGUGACGCUGCUAGAGGUGCGGGACGGUCCCGACCCGCAGCCGCUGCCGCCCGCCGUCCGUCUGCGCCUGGGCUCGCAGCGCCGGGAGCGGGGCAACUUCCACUUCGCGCGGGCUGACUUCGCGGCGGCGCUGCGAUCGUACCGGCUGUCCCUGCGCGCCCUGGACGGCCCCACGACCGCUCCGCCCGGGCCCGAGGAGGAAGAAGAACUGCGGGAACAGCGCGUGAAGUGCCUCAACAACUGCGCGGCCGCCGAGUUGAAGUUGGGGCGGGCGGAGGAGGCGCUGGCGGCCUGCGAGGCGGCCCUGCGGAUCAGCCCCGACAACGGCCGGGCCUUGCUCCGGCGAGGGCAGCUGCUGGCAGAGCAGGGCCGGGACGCAGAGGCGACGCUCGUCCUGAGGAGAGCCCUGGAGCUGGAUCCGGCCAACAAGGUGAUCCACACCGAGCUCUCGCGGCUGGCGAAGCGCCAGAGUCCCCCAUCCAACACCGCCCCGCAGAAUCCCCGCCACGACCCGAUGCCGCUGCCGGGCCCUGCAUCCCCCGCGCCGCCCGCGGCGGAAGGAACGAUCUGAGCGGCCGCGCAGCGCCCCAGAGCCCGACAGAGGAGAUAGAAGAACGCUCAAACUGUUCUCCCCGCAUCGCCCCACGCUCCUUGGGGCGGAGAAGAACUCUGCGGGGGAGGGCUGAGGGAGGAGCGGGACCCCGCCCCGCCCCGCACCGACCGCAUCGCUCUCCCCGCUGCGCAGAGCGCCCCGCACGCUUCAUGACGUCACGGCGGGGGCAGUUCCCCACGCCACGCCUCCUGUCGC